CUCGUCCGAGCAGAGCCCAUCAUGAACCGUGGGAACGUAUUGUUCGGCAAACACGAUCCCACCAUUCUCGUCCACUGAAGCGAAUGACCAGCUCUUGUUGUCGAACAGGUUGCAUGACGCCCCGAGCUCGGCGAUACCCACCGGGCCCCGACCAUACACCGUACCAUCGAAGUCGGGAUCGUUAACGGCCUCGUUCCAGAGGAGGCACUGUUUGAACUGGUGGGCCGUGAGGAUAGCGUCGCCGUCGACCAUGUGAACGAGCAGGAAGCUGGGGGUGACCCAUUCCAGGGUCCCCUUGUGCUUAGAAUUAAACUCGAGGUGUUGUGGGGUAAGUGGUUCGUCCGCUUUGGUCCGGCCAUCGACCACGUUGCCCACGUACGCGUUGGGAGUCUGGGAAGCAGGCAUCGGUAGGCGGGUUCUUGCAGGGGAAGGAGAGAUCUGGUGGGAGCACAGGUUCGCCCCCUCCUCCCUAUUUGUUUCAUCUUGCCCGCCCCCUAUACAGGCAAUCCGCGUGCUCCCGACCUGUAAUUCGAUCGGCGGGGCUUCCUUAAUCCCCUUAAGCAAUUGGGAUAUGUGGUUGAUCCCCAGCACGUCGAAAUAGUCCUGUAGAACGUUCAGCUUACUCACUUGCUGGUAGGGCAUCCA